AUGGCACCCAGCGCAAUCUCCUCUCCUCCCUCUCCUCAACCAGCAACCACCUCCGACAUCUCCAGCUAUAAGGGGUAUGACCACGUCCACUGGUACGUCGGCAACGCCAAAAUCACCGCCUCGUAUUAUGUUACGCGCAUGGGUUUCAAGCGGGUCGCAUACCGCGGCCUCGAAACUGGCAGCCGUGCCAUCUGCUCCCACGUCGUCCGCAACGGCGACAUCACCUUUGUCCUGACCUCCCCUCUCCGCUCCCUCGACCAAAUGGACCUCCUCACCCCCGAAGAGCAGAAGGAGCUCCGUGAGAUUCACGAGCACCUCGAACAACACGGUGACGGCGUCAAGGACGUCUCCUUCGAAGUUGACUCCGUCGACGCAGUAUAUCAAGCUGCCGUGGCCAACGGCGCCAAGAUAGUGUCUGCGCCACGCAGCCUCGAAGACAACAAUGGGUACGUGCGGGUUGCGACUAUCCAGACAUAUGGAGAGACCACCCACACCCUCCUGGAGCGCAAGUCAUAUUCUGGCGCAUUCAUGCCAGGAUAUCGAUACGAGGACGGGGCCGAGGACCCUAUCACGAAGUAUUUGCCCGGCGUAUAUCUGAACCGUGUCGAUCACUGCGUCGGUAACCAGGACUGGGAUGAGAUGGACCGUGUCUGCCAAUAUUACGAGAAGGCCCUUGGCUUCCACCGUUUCUGGUCUGUCGACGACAAGGAUAUCUGCACUGAAUACUCCGCCCUCAAGUCCAUCGUCAUGGCCUCUCCCAACGAAGUUGUCAAAAUGCCCAUCAACGAGCCCGCCGUCGGCAAGAAGAAGUCCCAGAUCGAAGAAUACGUGGACUACUACAACGGCGCCGGUGUGCAGCACAUUGCACUCCUGACCGACGAUAUUAUUCGGGACAUCACCAACCUCAAGGCACGCGGAGUUGAAUUCAUCAAGGUCCCUGACACGUAUUACGAGGACAUCAAGAUCCGGCUCAAGAAGACCGGCCUGGUUCUUCACGAGGACUUUGAGACCAUCCGCAACCUUGACAUCCUCAUCGAUUUUGAUGAGGGCGGGUACUUGCUCCAGCUUUUCACUAAGCACCUAAUGGACCGCCCAACCGUCUUCAUCGAAAUCAUCCAACGCCACAACUUCAGCGGCUUCGGUGCCGGCAACUUCAGGUCGUUGUUUGAGGCGCUUGAGAGGGAACAGGCUCUGCGUGGUAAUCUGGUCUAA